ACUCUCCCAAACACCACCCCCUCCCAUCUUCGUCUCCCUCGGAUUUUGCAGUUUACGACUUGGUCUUGUCUUCCUAUUAGAUCUCAAUUUUUUCAGUCUCGCGACUAGUCCCAGAGCGCCUUGUUGGCUCAAAAGCGCGGCAUUUGCGAACCCAGUCCCGUCUCCUACAUCUCCUCGCCUCCGUUUGCGUCACUUCGAAGCCGCUUCUCAGCGCCCUUCUCAGCGCCCGCGCAUCCUCAUCAUGGCCACCAUGGUCGCAGCAGGCACUCCCCUCGCGGAGGCGCUCGGUCAUGUCAUCCCACCAAAGCUGGUUGAAAUGGGCUGGAGCUCGGACGGUGGCGACGACUCAGCCUUGACCGAGUAUGUGAUUCUGAUGCUGGUCAACGGCAAGACCCAGGAACAAAUCGCCGGCGAACUCUCCAAUGACCUCCUUGGUCUCGGUGAGGGCGACACACAAGCCCUCGAUUUCUCCCGGUGGCUGUUCGAACAGGUCGAGGUUCUGAAUCACCAAAUCAAUGGCGGGGGUGCCCCGGUGCCCAACGAGCCUUCUGCGCAGGCAAUUCCAUCAUUCGCGGAACAGGACGCCACCGCUCCUCAGAUGUCUGGCUUCGAUGGUAGUGUGCAGGAUACCGAUAUGAGCAUGGGUGAUGGAACUCCGGGCGACUCGAUACCGACGGGCCCAAAGGCGAUGCGCAGUGGUCGUGGCGGUGGAAGGGGUCGGAUGCUCAACCAAAUAAAUAGGACGAUGGACCGUGGGGACUCGGCUUUACAUCGAGUCCGUGGCCAGGCUGGCGCUGGGCGGAUCAAUUCCCACGGCCGCGAGCACGGAAAAGGACGAUUCAACCAGAAUGGAGGACCCAGAAUGCCCGGUGGUCGUCAGAUGGGGCAAAUGGGCAUGGGCAACAUGAUGAAUAUGACCCAGUCCGAUCAGAUGCACCUCAUGUCUCUCCUCGAGGAGCAAGCCCGCAUGAUGGCACAGUUGAUGCCCGGAUUCGUUCCGCCCGCCAUCAACCCAGCCUUCCAGCAGAAUGGCUCGCCACAGGGCCGCUCCUUGUUCGAUCGCGUCGAGCGCCAGCGAGGCCACCGGCAUCACGGUAACCGCGCACAGCGUCAUAACCAGCACGAGCAGUCCGGAGAUGUCGAUAUGGAUACGAAACCCGAAGGAGAUCAGGAUGAAAGCAAUACCGAAAGUGUGUGCCGUUUCAACCUCCGGUGCACUCGCAAGGAUUGCCCCUUUGCUCACCAGUCGCCCGCUGCCCCCGAAGGUGCUCCGGUUGAUGUUUCAGACCCUUGCACAUAUGGAGCGGCUUGCAAGAACCGGAAGUGUACCGGACGCCAUCCUUCUCCUGCUGUCAAAACCGCUCACCAGGCAGAGGAGCUCUGCAAAUUCUUCCCCAACUGCGCCAACCCUCAUUGCCACUUCAAACACCCCAAUAUGCCCCUCUGUCGGAACGGUGCCGACUGUACCACGGAGGGGUGCAAGUUCACCCAUAUCCAGACUGCCUGCAAGUUCAACCCUUGUCUCAACCCGAACUGUCCGUACAAGCAUGCCGAGGGCCAAAAAGGCGCCUUCUCCGACAAGGUGUGGACGGCCAACUCACAAGAGGGCGGGCAUGUGAGUGAACGGAAGUUUGUGUCCGAAGGCGACGAUACCGAGGAGUUGAUUAAGCCGGACGCGGCCGGCGAUGGUUCUCAGAGCCACGAGAUCGUGACAUAGUCUCCUGUGGAGACUUCCUUCCUUUUUUUCUUGACGAUUCCGCAUUCUACAAUUCCCCUUAUGAGGCCGGAGAGAUCUUGUAUUAUCUGGUGUGUGCGCCCGCAAAUGACGGUUGCUUGCUUGCUUGGGAGGGCGUUCAAUUGAUCUAAUAUCUUUUAUUCUUCAUGGGAAUGACAAAGAAUUGCACGGUUGUAUGUAAAUAGAAUCUGGAUAUCAUAAGCCUGCUUGUGUUUUGCAUC